AGUUUACACCAAUGCCAACUCUGUUCACCUCGUUCUCAAGGCUCACCAUACCCUGUUUUUCCUGUCCUGUUUUUUGGCACUGGUUCUGGACAGUCAACUCUUCUACCUUCGUCUGCUCACCUGUUUGCUCCUUACGAUGCCCGCACACCGUCAACUCUCCUGACUCUGCCACCUUACCUUUCCCUAAAUCCCCAGCUACACUGGCCAUGUCUCCUGUCCCAGCCUAUCCUACUGUGUGUUCUUGUUCAGCCAGCAACGCUGUUACCUAUCUGUCUCCGUCACCUUACCCUGCUACUCACCUGUGCAACCCCCCUGCAAAGCCUGGCUCUGGUCCUGCCUCUACUCCCUGGUGCAGCCUCAGCUCCACUCUGCCCGUCUCACUCUGCCUGCCUCUGCUUGUCAUCUUUAGGAGGUCCUGCCUACCUGAUUCACCUGAGCACUCCCAGUACCACAGCUACAUUUGUCAGGGCUUCAAGUUCAACUCAGCCCUCUUUCAUGAUGUGGAAUUUGCCACCCUCUUCCUGUCCCUGAUGGCCAGUGAGCUGGCUAUCCGCACUGACACCACCACUGUUACAGUUCUUGAGCAGGUCUCUGUCCAAGUGGGCCAAUGCUGUCCCUGCCAUGCUUCCUGUUCCCCAAUGGGUUAG